AUGAGCUCGUCAUUUGCCGUUACCAGACAAGGUUCGAAUGAUGGCGGUGGGAGCGGCGGCGGCGGUGGCGGCAAUCCCAACAGGCGAAGCAUCGAUCAAGUGAGCAUCGCUACCACGCAUGGAUCCGUCAAGAAAUCUCCCAGUCCGAAUCAGGUCAACAGUACCAAUGGCAAGAGUAACACCAACGGGUCUCAACGACAGAAUGGCAGCGAAUCCGGCCACUCUUGGGCGAUGACUCAAUACCAGAACGACUUCCAGCCGCAUGAAGCUCGGGCUUAUAGACUGGCGCAAUUGGGUUCGCAGCAGACUGCAUCACAAGGCAAUAAAACUUCGAGCGCUCGGCGUGAUUGA